UGUGGGCGGGGCCAGGGGAGGGAGCGCGGCGCCUGCGUGAUGACGCGCGUACGGGCGCCGGCGCCGUCUCGCGCUGCGCCUGAGGUCCCGCCAUGAAGGCGACGCCGAUCUCCAACUGCGAGCGGCGCUUCAUCCUGCGCGCCAUCGAGGAGAGGAAGCGGCUGGACGGGCGGCAGUGCUAUGACUACCGGAAUGUGCGCAUCUCCUUCGGCGCCGAGUACGGCUGCUGCGUGGUGGAGCUGGGCAAAACCAGGGUCCUUGCGCAAGUUUCGUGUGAACUUGUUCCCCCCAAGCCAAAUCGGCCUGCAGAAGGUAUACUCUUCUUUAAUUUUGAGCUCUCACCAAUGGCUGCACCUGGUUUUGAGCCUGGCAGGCAACCUGAGCUGCUGGUGAAAGUGAACAGACUAAUAGAACGAUGCCUGAGAAAUUCCAAAUGUGUAGAUACUGAAUCUCUCUGCGUUGUUGCUGGUGAGAAGGUUUGGCAAAUUCGUCUGGACCUGCAUCUGUUAAAUCACGAUGGUAACAUUAUUGACGCUGCCAGCAUUGCAGGAAUUGUAGCUCUGUGUCAUUUUCGCAGGCCAGAUGUAUCUGUGCAAGGGGAGGAAGUAACUGUGUACACUCCGGAGGAACGUGAUCCUGUCCCCUUGAGUAUCCACCACAUGCCCAUUUGUGUCAGUUUUGCCUUCUACCAUCAAGGGACUUAUUUACUGGUGGAUCCAAGUGAACGAGAGGAGCGUGUAAUGGAUGGUCUCCUUGUGAUUGCAAUGAAUAAGCAUGGUGAAAUUUGUACCAUCCAGUCCAGUGGAGGCAUCAUGCUGGUAACAGAUCAGGUUCUGAGAUGCAGUAAUAUUACAGCUGUUAAGGUUGCAGAAAUAACAGAACUAAUUCAAAAAGCCUUGGAGAAUGACCAGAAAGUUAGGAAAGAAGGUGGGAAGUUCGGCUUUGCAGAAUCUAUACCGAACCAAAAGAUCACUGCCUUCAAAAUGGAGAGCACUGCUGUUGAUACUGACAAGGUGGAGGAACAAGCAGAAGAAAUCAUUGCUAAAGCUGAGCCGCCUUUAGAAGUUUUUUCCACACCAAUAUUGCACGCUCCUGGGACGGCCCAAAUUGGGGAAGGAAUAGAGAACUCCUGGGGAGACCUUGAAGAAUCUGAGAGGGAAGACGCAGCAGAAGAGGAAGGUGAAAGUGAGGCUACUGCCUUGGAGUGUCAGAAAACGGAAACUGAGGAUGCAAGUACAAUGAGGGAGACUGAGGAUACAAGUGCGGUGAAGGAAAGUAAGAAGGAUGAACCUAUUGUAUUGUCUGACAGUGAAGAGGAAGAAGUUGUCAUUCUGGAACCACAGGAAGUACCAAAGAAAACAAGUGUGAAACCCUCCUGAGCCAAUCUGACUACGGGCAACAAAAAUGUGAUAGCCACAAGAUUUCCAUCCGUAAGAGACCAACAAGUAGAAUUUUAAACUAAGCAAUUUCACUUACGAUGCAAGCAGCAUAGCCGCAGUGCCCACAAGCUGAAGUUUUCCUCUCAAAACAGACAUUGAGGAAAGAAACCUAUCAAUGUAAUUUACAGCUAAGUGCAGGGUUUCAUUCUGUAAUUUGUAUUCUUCGCCAACUUCCACCAGCCAGUCCACAAGAAUAGCCCGCAUGCUGUUAGUGAUGUCAGGUUGCUUCUUCAUGUAACCCACUUUAGGCUUGCAUUUCACCUGUAGGUUUAGAUUACAGAUAAAAUUGAGUUUGGACUAAGUGCCUGGAAGGAGGCAGCUAUUUAAACUCCCUUUACCACAGUUUAAACAGAUCAGAAAUAAACAAUAGUAAGUCUAGGACCAGUAAAUCAUAUUUCCAUGAUCUUGCUUUCAAGCUUGUGUUCAGCACUUGGUACAGUCAACUUUAUCACAAAAAAACAGUCUUGUGUUCA